GGCAGCGGCGGGACGGGAGGAGCCGCAGGGCCCGCAGGGAGCGGCUGCGGCUCCUCCUCCUCUUCUCUAGCCAUGGCUGUGAAGGACCCUACAGCUGUAGAAAGAGCAAAUUUACUGAACAUGGCUAAAUUGAGUAUCAAAGGACUGAUUGAAUCAGCUUUGAGCUUUGGCCGCACUCUGGAUUCUGACUACCCACCUUUGCAGCAGUUCUUUGUUGUCAUGGAACACUGCCUGAAGCAUGGCCUUAAAGUGAGAAAAUCCUUUCUAAGCUACAAUAAAACUAUCUGGGGUCCUCUGGAACUUGUGGAGAAAUUAUAUCCAGAAGCUGAGGAAAUAGCAGCAAGUGUCAGAGAUUUGCCUGGCCUUAAAACACCGCUGGGCCGUGCCCGGGCCUGGUUACGGUUAGCACUAAUGCAGAAGAAAAUGGCUGACUAUCUUCGGUGUUUAAUCAUUCAGAGAGAUCUUCUCAGUGAAUUUUAUGAGUAUCAUGCACUAAUGAUGGAGGAAGAAGGAGCAGUUAUUGUUGGGCUUUUAGUUGGGUUGAAUGUGAUAGAUGCUAACCUGUGUGUGAAAGGAGAAGACCUGGAUUCACAAGUUGGGGUGAUUGAUUUCUCUAUGUAUUUGAAGAGUGAGGAAGACAUUGGGAGUAAGGAAAGAAAUGUACAGAUUGCUGCCAUUUUGGACCAAAAGAAUUAUGUUGAAGAACUGAACAGGCAACUGAAUAGCACAGUUAGCAGUCUUCAUGCAAGAGUGGAUUCACUAGAGAAAUCAAACACGAAACUGAUCGAAGAGUUAGCAAUAGCCAAAAACAAUAUAAUUAAACUCCAGGAAGAAAACCAUCAACUGAGGAGUGAAAAUACUCUCAUUUUAAUGAAAACACAGCAUCAUCUAGAGGCAACUAAAGUGGAUGUUGAAGCAGAGCUUCAGACAUACAAACACUCCAGGCAAGGUUUAGACGACAUGUACAAUGAAGCACGUAGACAGCUUCGAGAAGAAUCGCAGCUUCGACAAGAUAUGGAGAAUGAGCUAGUGGUUCAAGUUAGUAUGAAACAUGAGAUAGAACUUGCCAUGAAGUUGCUGGAGAAGGAUAUCCAUGAGAAACAGGAUACCCUCAUAGGCCUUCGACAGCAGCUUGAUGAAGUUAAAGCAAUUAACAUGGAAAUGUACCAAAAGCUGCAGGUUUCUGAAGACGCAAUGAAAGAAAAGAAUGAAAUAAUUGGUCGAUUAGAGGAUAAGACCAAUCAAAUUAAUGCAACUAUGAAGCAACUAGAACAAAGAUUGCAGCAAACAGAGAAGGCUCAAAUGGAGGCUGAGGCCGAGGAUGAGAAACUUACACAGGAAUAUGUGAAUAAGUCUGAAAGUCUGCAGAAAGAAUUUUCCCAGAAGGAGAAGCAGCUGCUCCAGCUGGAAACCGAUUUGAAGAUCGAAAAAGAGUGGCGGCAAACCUUAGAGGAUGAUCUCCAAAAGGAAAAGGAAACUGUGUCUCAUCUGAGAACAGAGACCCAAGAAAUAGUUAACCUUAAAAAAGAGUUCCUCAAACUUCAGGAAAAGAAUGAGCAAUUGAAGAGGACAUGUCAGGACCAGGAGGCUGCUCUGGAAGAACUGGCAUCCAAGCUGAGCGAAUCAAAGCUGAAAAUAGAAGAUAUAAAAGAAGCAAAUAAAGCAUUGCAGGGCCAGGUUUGGUUGAAGGACAAAGAGGCUACACAUUGCAAGUUAUGUGAAAAGGAAUUUUCUCUUUCCAAAAGGAAGCAUCAUUGCAGGAACUGUGGGGAGAUCUUCUGUAAUGCCUGCUCUGAUAAUGAACUGCCUCUGCCUUCUUCACCAAAGCCUGUUCGUGUCUGUGAUUCCUGCCAUGCAAUACUUAUACAGAGGUGCUCUUCUAACGUGCCAUGAGAUUAUUGUACAAGAUAUUUAUUACUUUUUAGCUAAUCCUGUAAAAAAAACAACCAACCAACCAAGAAUACACUUCAGGAUUUCUAGGAUUUCAGGUAAGCAAUUGACAGUGGCAUUUUCAUCUGUGGAGAACUUGUUUACUUUCUGUGGAAACAAGUAGAGAAAAUGGGACCCAAACACAGAAGAUGCCAGCAUUAAAAAUCCAGGUGACAGUGGUAGUCUUACAGAUGGCUCUGAAGUUCUUUGGAGGAAGCUGGGCAGUUUGUAUUUGAUGAAUAUCUUAUGACAACCUCGAAGAAGGUGACAGAUUUACCUGCUUUCACAGGCUAGCCUGCAACAAGGCCAGCUGAACGCUGCUGGAGAAUGUGCCUGUGAUAGGCCGUUGUGAAGCAAAACUGCCCAAUAGCUAGUCUGAAACUCUAUUUUAUGCAGUGGUCCAAGACGUUGCUGCCAAAUACUGUCUUUAUUUUCUUCCCUCAGUUAUCAAUGUUACAUCCAAGAAUAUUGCACUGACAGUUGCCCUUUGUAGUCACAGGUGUAAGGGGAGGCUCUGUCAGACAGGAGCAAGCAGUGCCUGUAGGCACUUGAGGAAGGAAGGUGCAUUUUGCUGGAUUAUUUUUUUAUAAUUAACUAUUAAUUUGACAUAUCUAUUUUUCCAUUAAAAGAGAAGUGUCCAUCACUAGUGAAUGAUAAUUGUAACCUUGAACAACUAUCUUUGCAUUAUCUUCAUGUGCGUCAUGCUUUCAGGCUUGUACACGUACUCACUGUGUAGCUCUAGAAGCAGGAUGAAGCUGCCA